AUGAAGUUUCCCGUCUCUGUCCUCGUUGCUGCCCUGGCCCCGUUUGCUUUGCCCGGAGGCCAUGCAUUCGUUGCUCCAACACCCCCCCGAGCUGCACCAAGCUCCACUCAGGUUGGCCUCUUUGACUGGGGCAAAACAGCGCCGGCCCCCAAGGACGUCUCGAACAGCGAGAUUCGUGACCUUUUCUCUCUUUGGAACGAUGCGCUAGCCACAGGAGACUCCCGUAUUGUUGCCAAACGCUAUGCAUCUGACACUAUGCUCUUGCCCACAGUUUCUGAUGUUCCCCGCACAGACUAUGACUCCAUCAAGGACUAUUUUGAUGCCUUUUUGUUGAAGAAACCUCAAGGCACCAUCCUUGAUGGGAAAAUCAAGAUUGGAGAUGGCUGGGCCAGUGACACUGGGAUCUAUGAGUUUGCCAUGGGAUCUGAUGGAUCCAAAGUCAAGGCUCGCUACUCUUUUGUCUAUGCUUAUGAGGGUGGAAAAUGGAAGAUCUCUCACCAUCACUCUUCCAUGAUGCCUGAGCAGGGCACCAGCGUCGAAAUCACUGAAGGGCAAGUCAAGAACCUCUUCCAACUUUGGAAUGAUGCCCUUGAUACUCUUGAGUCUGAUGCUGUUGCCAAGCGUUAUGCCAAGAAUGCUGUCCUCCUUCCCACUGUUUCUGAUGUCCCCCGCACUGACUAUGAUUCAAUCAAGGACUAUUUUGACAACUUCCUCAAGCUCAAGCCCCAAGGAACCAUCCUUGAAAGCUUUGUCACCAUUGGAUCAAACUGGUGCAAGGAUGUUGGUGUUUAUGAGUUUGAAAUGGGAGCCACUGGUGCUAAGGUUCAAGCUCGCUACUCUUUUGUGUAUGUCUAUGAGGAUGGCGAAUGGAAGAUCUCACACCAUCACUCCUCUGCCAUGCCUGAACAACCCAAGCUUGGCCCCAAGAUCACAGAAAAAGAAGUUGGACAGUUGUUCAACUUAUGGAAUGAUGAGUUAGCAACCCUUGACUCUGACAAGGUUGCCAAGCGUUAUGCUAGCAAGGCUGUCCUUCUCCCCACCGUUUCUGAUGUUCCCCGUACAGACUAUGAUUCAAUCAAGGACUACUUUGACAACUUCCUCAAGCUCAAGCCUCAAGGAACCAUUCUGGAAAGCUUCACUAGUGUUGGAGAUGGCUGGUGCAAGGAUGUUGGUGUUUAUGAGUUUGAAAUGGGUGCUUCUGGUGCUAAGGUUCAAGCUCGCUACUCCUUUGUUUAUGUCUAUGAGGAUGGUGAAUGGAAGAUCUCGCACCAUCACUCCUCUGCCAUGCCGGAGCAACCCAAGCUUGGCCCCAAGAUUGAAGAAAAGGAAGUCAAAUCCAUUUUUAGUGUUUGGAAUAAUGCCCUUGCAACCCUUGACUCUGAUAAGGUUGCCAAGUGCUAUGCAAAGAACGCUGUUCUACUUCCCACUGUUUCUGAUACUCCCCGUACUGAUUAUGAUUCCAUCAAGGACUACUUUGAUGCCUUUCUGUUGAAGAAACCACAAGGAACCAUUCUAGAAAGUUUUGCCACCGCUGGAGAUGGCUGGUGCAAGGAUUGUGGCAUCUAUGAAUUCAAGAUGGGAGCUGAUGGAUCCAAUGUGAAGGCUCGCUACUCCUUUGUCUAUGUGUAUGAAGAUGGUGAGUGGAAGAUCUCUCACCACCACUCUUCCGUCAUGCCUGAAUCCGUCUUGGGCCCAGCCAAGAAGGAGGAUCUCGUCGAGGCUUGA